CUGUACAUUUAGUAUGUACACGGGCGGUAGUUUGGGGACCCUUGUUCUAAACUGUAAGUAGGUUAGAUAUACUUAUUGAAUACGGUUAAAUCAAGAGUAAGAUUACUGAUUCAGUGUUAAUAUUUGAGUGAGUCCCGGGCACCUUUGUAGUGAAAAGUUGGGCCCUGAGGUCGAAAGGGUUAAGAGACCCUGUUUUACAGCACUGUUUUGCACCUUUGUUGAGCCUUAGGCACGUCUUUUACAUGAGAAAAUGGACAAAAAGUGGCUUAUUGUGAUGCAUGACGCAACAAUGUGUACUUUCUGCCAUCUAGUGGAAGAAGAUUUCAUUGUUCUGUCCCUCACUAAAAGGCACUAAUUCACUAAAAUUCACUAAAAACUCACUAAUUCAUGGACCAUUUUCAGACUACAUGAAAUUGUCUCACUUGAUGAUUUGUCCAAUGACGCUUGCACUACUGAUCUUUUUUUUCCACAAUAUAACACUUUACGAGAUGCAGAAUGUGAGGGUUUUGUUAGUUGCGAGCUAUGAUUAAAACAUUGAGAAAUUAAAAUAGCACGAUAUAUACUUUUAUUGAUGCAUUGCAGGAAAUUACUGUCCAGCAGUACAAAUAAGAAUAGUAUCAGACUCACAAUGUGGAGUAUUUAUGAAUUUUUGUGUAUUUAUUCUAUACUGUGUAAUCGGAGUAAUAUGCAGUUUAAAAAGUUGUACAGUAUUACCAAAAGGUCAGACGAAUACCAAAAAAAUACAAAUACAAAAUAAUGUAAAUCCAAUUAAACUGUUCCGGACACACAAAAAUAUGAAGAAACACACUUUUUAUAAAGACUAAUUAUAGUAUUACAGGCAGAAAACAUAUAAAUACCAAAUUAAAUAUAUAAAUGAACAAUAAACAUCACAUUUCAUUUGAUUGAAAACCCUUGUUAGCAAAGAUUGAGAGGGGAGAGGAGAGCCACACGGACAUCCUCUCUGCUCUGCUACAAGUUCUUUCUUCUCACCUUCUUUAUCAAAAUUCUGGCACUCGCAACUUUCUUCGGCCCCGUGGAAUUCUUUGUUCGGGCACUCACUUCCGCUGAGUGACACAAACAAACUAGUUUGUCACACCCAAUAUUUGACCAUAUGAUAACAGACUGUAACUGGGGCAAAAUCUGGGCUAAAACUAUCUUGCAUUUUUUUUUUAGCUCAGGGGCUGCAUGGAGGAAAUUAUUCCCAAGUAGGCUGGACUUGUAAAAUCAUGGCAUGAUAACUUUAAAGUAGCAGUAGAGUGGGAAAAACAAGUUGACUUGAUAUGCUUAUUUGUGUUUCAUUGUGUUCAUUAAACUAUAUCCAAUUGUAUUUACAAUCCGCAAAGUAUGUGAAAAUACCGUCUAAAAUGUCACAAAAUGCCACAAAUUCAAACAGGCAUUUUGAAUAUUCCGCUCCGAACACCUUCGGUAAUUUCCGUAGAUAUUACGUGACUGUAGUAAUGCUUCUGCACUCUGACCAUAUUAGUCUAUCAUAAGACUUUUAUGAUAGAAACCCUCCCGGGUCCCUGGGACCUAUAACAUUCACCAGGUUUAGCUGCAUUCUACUGCCUUGGGUCCACCUCGCCUUGCCACCACGGCACAACUGUGACAGUUAACUCUGCUUAGCCUCUUUUUACACCUGGAAUCUUCAACUGUGACUCACUCAAGUCAAUAUAUGGUUUUGAGGUUGUAACUAAACGUUUCCGUCAUUACCUAUGGCGAGGAUGUGAUCCAAAUAAAUACAUUUAAUUCAAAUAAUUUGCGUGAUAACGCUGCCAUUAAAUUUCAAUGAAGGAUAAUGGUCAUUGAGACGCUUGGAAGGGCUGCAACAGGAAUGAUUACAGGCUGAAAGGACUCUGUGGGCCUGUCUGGACAUGUCGACCCCCCACCCCUCCUUACCAGAGUGGCCUGAGGACAGGUCCCAUACUCCUAUGACCAGCUGUCCUCUUGUAUCCACAGGGGGAAAGAUUCCCACAUUUUUAGUGCCUCUUUACCGACUGGUCCACAGGGAGUGAUGAGGUGGAGAUGAAGGGAGAGGACUUGGACAGAAGAGAGCUGAAGGAUGAAGACUUAGGCAGACCUGCAUGGGAGGACUGAAAACCUUAUGGAAGACAAAGCUGAUGAAACUGCAGCAGGGGGGAACUGUUGGUAGAUGACAACCGUCGGCACGCCGAGAUGGAGUUCAAGUGGGCCAGGAGGUCCAGUGUGGCUGCAGGAUGCAAAGCCGAGUCGUACUCCGUGGCGACCAUCGACGGUACCAUUAGCCCGGUGGCCCGCCAGCCCUCCGGCAGCUCCAGCCCCAGCUCGGGAGGAUCACGGCGCCCCGUCAGCACCUUGAAGAAGUGGCUCACCAGUCCGGUCCGCAAGCUCAGCUCUGACGCCAGAGGAGAAGCGGGGCGGGCGCCUUCGCUCCUUUCCCACAGCCGAGCGCGCUCUUUGGACGUGCGUGACGACGACUACACCGCCCCACCCUCGGCAGAUAUGGUGUGUCCAGGAGCUUCGUCUUCUUGUCAGCGUCACCUUUCGGACCUUCUGCAAGGCGGCGAUGCAUUUAAUCUUAGCCACAAAUCCAGCACCAACACAGUCCAAGGUGAGGACCGCUGCACUGCGACCAAGGAUGCAGGAAGCCGGUGGUCCUCGGACAGCCAGGAGGACAGAAACAUUGCCCUGGAGAAGAGCUUAUAUGUGCUGUCAGAGCUCAUAGAGACUGAACGCUUGUAUGUGGAGGAUCUUGGACUCAUCAUACAGGGCUAUAUGGCGACCAUGGCUGAUCAGGGCGUCCCAGAAGACCUUAAAGGGAAAGACAGGAUUGUGUUUGGAAACAUCCAUCAGAUCUACGACUGGCAUAAGAGUUAUUUUCUGGCUGAGCUGGAGAAAUGUGUGGCUGAUCCCGACACCUUAGCCCAGCUCUUCAUUAAGCAUGAGCGUCGACUUCACAUGUACGUGGUGUACUGUCAGAACAAACCCAAAUCAGAGCACGUUGUCUCAGAGUACCUUGAGACCUUCUUUGAGGAUCUCAGGCAGCAGUUGGGUCACCGGCUGCAGCUCAACGACCUGCUGAUCAAACCCGUUCAACGCAUCAUGAAGUAUCAACUUCUACUGAAGGACUUCCUGAAGCAUUACAGCAAAGCAGGCAGAGAUGUGGAGGAGCUCCAGAAGGCCGUAGAGGUGAUGUGCUUCGUGCCCAAACGCUGCAACGACAUGAUGAACGUGGGCCGGCUGCAAGGCUUCGAGGGGAAGAUCACGGCGCAGGGGAAGCUUCUCCAGCAGGACACGUUCGCUGUGAGCGAGCAAGAGGGCGGCUUACUGUCCAGGGCCAAGGAGAGGAGAGUCUUCCUGUUUGAGCAGUUGCUCAUCUUCAGCGAGCCGAUUGACAAGAAAAAAGGCUCCUCUUUACCUGGUUAUACUUUUAAGAACAGCAUAAAGGUCAGCUGCUUGGGCGUCGAGCAGAAUUGUGGCGAGGACCCGUGCGGUCUGGUGCUGACGUCCCGCGGCACAAACGGCAGCGUGAGCCGCUACAUCAUGCAGGCCUCAUCCCCGGAAAUACGACGCACUUGGUUCAGCGACCUGAUGCAGAUCCUGGAGACCCAAAGGAACUUCCUAAACGCCCUCCAGUCUCCGAUCGAGUACCAGCGGAGGGAGAGCAAAUCCAGCAGCCUCGGCAGGAACAUGAAGUCUCCCGGUGGGCCGCGGUCUUCCUCGAGUGCAUCCAUGGACCGCCUUCAGCAGCCCAGCCUGCUGUCCCUCAACACCUCCCUGCCGUCGCUGCGUCCGGCCCAGCAGAGCCCAGCAAUGACCGCGAGGGUCUCGAACCCGUGUGCCGCCACACGUCCGCAGCUCAGUUUACGGCCAGAAGCGACGACACGCCACGGGACGGCCCAACAGGGUGUGACCGCCAGCUUCCAGACCACCACACUUUUGGACGGAGUGCCACCUUUGGAUGUUUGAACAUAUCGUCAUGGAUUUAAAAGACUUUAGUGUGUCCCUUUUUUCUUUUUUCUUUUUUUUUACCAGGUUCAGAUGUUUGGAGGGCAACAUGUAUUCAAGAUUAUUUCCAUUUAUUUGCAUGAAUAUUUUUCUACUGCGUCAUUGUCCCCUGCAAAGAGAAAGGAAAUGUGGCGUCCACAAAGACUUUAAUUACUAGUUAAAAUGUGGUUUUACUGAAAGGGCAAUGGAGAAAAACGUGUCCGUACUUUUUUCAGGUUUCCUUUCAUCUGCUUGACUGUAAAUAAAAUCAACCAGCAAACAUUUUAA